UUCCUUAAAGCAUCUCCCACUUUACCAUUUGUCAAGUUGUUAUUUAGCCGAAAAAUGGGACUUUCAUUUAGCGAAGAUCCUAUCCUUAAAAUAUUAUUGAUUAGCUUCGUGAAUAUCUGUAUUCUGUCAUUUGCGCGGAUGUCAAACGCUUGUGUUUUAUUUUGAAAUUUUUAACCGGAACUUAUUGUUGUAUCAAUAGCGCUGUUGCUGUGGUGGUUUUGUUGGGUCGAGGCAGAGCUGUCAAAUUAGCUAGCUAAUGUACUAGCCAUUGUUUUGUCAUGUCAAGAACAGUCUGCCCUCUCACAACACAGGGCUGGUAACGAGUUCAUAUUUUCACAUAUCCGCCUGUGGGUCAGAGGAUAGAAGUCUGGGUGGAGAUAGAGCACAAGCGUGAGAUGAAAUGACAACGUCAACAUUACAGAAAGCGAUUGAUCUUGUGACCAAAGCCACAGAGGAAGACAAGGCAAAGAAUUAUGAGGAGGCCUUGCGACUCUACCAGCAUGCUGUGGAAUAUUUCCUACAUGCUAUCAAAUAUGAGGCCCACAGCGACAAGGCAAAGGAGAGUAUACGAGCAAAGUGUAUGCAGUACCUGGACCGAGCAGAAAAACUGAAAGACUAUCUGAAAAAUAAAGACAAACAGGGCAAGAAGCCUGUCAAGGAAGCCCAGAGCAAUGACAAGAGUGAUAGUGACAGCGAGGGUGAAAAUCCAGAGAAGAAGAAACUGCAGGAGCAACUUAUGGGUGCCAUUGUAAUGGAGAAGCCCAAUGUCAGGUGGAACGAUGUGGCUGGACUGGAGGGAGCUAAGGAAGCUCUGAAGGAAGCUGUCAUCCUGCCCAUCAAAUUCCCUCACCUCUUUACAGGCAAGCGGACUCCGUGGAGAGGCAUCCUGCUGUUCGGACCUCCAGGGACGGGGAAGUCGUACCUGGCUAAGGCCGUGGCCACCGAGGCCAAUAACUCCACCUUCUUCUCUGUCUCCUCCUCAGACCUCAUGUCUAAGUGGCUGGGAGAGAGCGAGAAGCUGGUGAAGAACUUAUUUGACCUGGCUCGCCAGCACAAACCCUCAAUCAUCUUCAUCGAUGAGGUGGACUCGCUGUGCGGCUCUAGGAACGAGAAUGAGAGUGAGGCCGCCCGCCGCAUCAAGACCGAGUUCUUGGUCCAGAUGCAGGGUGUGGGAAACAACAACGAUGGCAUUCUGGUGCUGGGAGCCACCAACAUCCCCUGGGUGCUCGACGCUGCCAUCCGCAGAAGAUUUGAGAAGCGUAUCUACAUCCCUCUGCCGGAGGAGCCAGCUCGGGCUCAGAUGUUUCGUCUUCAUCUGGGCAACACGCCACGUAGCCUGAGCGAGGCCGACCUGCGGCAGCUCGCCCACAAAACGGACGGCUACUCCGGCGCUGACAUCAGUAUCAUCGUCCGGGACGCGCUCAUGCAGCCUGUUAGGAAGGUCCAGUCUGCCACCCACUUCAAAAAGGUUCGCGGUCCAUCCCGAAGCAACAACCAGUUGAUGGUGGACGACCUCUUGACUCCGUGUUCCCCUGGUGACCCUGGAGCCAUAGAGAUGACCUGGAUGGACGUGCCUACUGAUAAGCUACUGGAGCCCAUAGUCUGCAUGUCAGACAUGCUGCGCUCUCUGUCCACCACCCGUCCCACAGUCAACACUGAAGAUCUCCUCAAAGUCAAGAAGUUCACAGACGACUUUGGGAUGGAGGGCUGAGAGACGGAGCCCACCCCCCCGGUCCACGAGAAGGAUCAGACUACUGCUCCCAACAACACUAUAACGCCCCCACCACCACCACUGCUGUACCAUCCUGUAGGCUUUCUUCUCUCAGCUCUCAGCUCACAUGUCUUGCUUUUACUCAUCCAAGCCAGAGUUUUUGAAUCCUUGGAGGAAGUUGACCAAAUGCUACAAUAGAACAUCUUGGUGUGAUUUGGUAGUUGAGCCCAUGCCUUUCUCCCAUUUCCAGACAAUGUUCCAUUACAAAGCAGCCGCUACCGUGUAUUCACUU